AAUUUGGAAAAAGAAGGAAAAACUGAGAUUUAUUUUUUUUUCCCCCCCAAUAAUGCAUUCUUUAGGUCUUUUAAGCUGAUGUUUUAGAACCAAGGGCUGGAAUGUUGCUCUCAGUUCCACCUUGGCUGGACUGGAGGAGUGUCUGUGUCCUGCUGCCUGGUUUGCUGAGCCCAGAUUUCUCCCAGAGCCAGAUGGUGCCUUUUGUUUUUUCCCUUGUUGGCACAGUUUUGUUCCCUUUUCUCUUCCCUCCUUGUGUGAAUCAGCAAGCACAAAAAAGGAGGUUUCCACCAGCAACUCAUUUUCUUCCAUUUCCAUCCUUUCUGUGACACUGAGGAGCUUUUCCUGGGGAAAUUCAGGAAAUGUUCCCAGGUCUGUGCCCGAGUUUGUGGUGGUUUGGCUGAAGGGGUGACAGGGACUGGGGCAGUUACAGGAGCACAGGAUCCUUCCAACAGCUUUUGUUCCACUGAUUUAACUCAUUUCAUGGAGCAUCACUCCUUAGGUGUGUCCCAGAGCAGUUUGGAAAUACUUAAAACCAUUUAUCCUAAAUAUUUUUCCCUCAUUUUUACAUGUUUUUUUCUCCUUAACUGCAAAGUGUUUGUGUGUUGUUAAUUAGAAAUCUUGUCUUAAUGUUUUCCCAUGAGUGAGAGUGGGUUUAUUCUGCAUUUUUAAUGUGUUUUUGUUUCAGUUCAUGGCAUUUCUCAGUGUCUGCUUCAAAAGAAUGAGCUGAUAUUCCAAAUGAGACCAUUGCCAAUGAAACACCAAUAUAUUUACCUAUCUUUUUUUAGUGUUAUGUGAUAAAUGAACACUCUUUCCAAAGGUAGAUCCAGUGCAGUUCCAUGUUUUCUCUCAUUUGCAGUGUGAUAACCUCAAGAUUUUUGCAGCCAUAGGUGGCAGAAGAGCCCUGGUGGAAGCUGGCCCGUGCCCAGGAGCUGCAGUGGGUGAAGGAUGCUGAGGGACCCCAUGAAGUCCUGGAGCGACAGCCAGUCAGACCUGUACAGCAGCGACCAGGAGGAGGAGGAGCAGAUGAUUUUUGGGGAGAAUGAAGAUGAUUUGGAAGAGAUGAUGGAUUUAAGUGACUUGCCUACCUCCCUCUUUGCUUGCAGUGUCCACGAAGCUGUGUUUGAGGUGCAGGAGGAAAAGGAAAGGUUUGAAGCCCUUUUCACAGUCUAUGAUGACCAAGUGACAUUCCAGUUGUUUAAGAGCUUCAGGAGGGUGAGGAUAAACUUCAGCAACCCCGAGGCAGCAGCGAGAGCACGGAUAGAGCUGCACGAAACAGACUUCAGUGGGAAGAAGCUGAAGCUUUACUUUGCACAGGUGCAGGUAUCCAGUGAAAUAGGUGACAAGUCCUACCUCCUCCCUCCACAACCUGUCAAACAGUUCCUGAUUUCCCCACCUGCCUCUCCACCAGUUGGGUGGAAACAGAGUGAAGAUGCAACUCCCCUGAUAAACUAUGACUUGCUGUGUGCUGUCUCCAAGCUGGGACCAGGGGAGAAGUACGAGCUGCACGCCGGGACAGACUCCACCCCCAGCGUCGUGGUGCACGUGUGCGAGAGCGAGACGGAGGAGGAGGAGGAGAUCAAAAACCCCAGACAGAAGAUCCUGCAGACCCGGCGCCCAGACCCCCCCCCGACCAUCCUGGGCGACUCCAAGGCCUUCGAGUGUGCCCUGGAGGUGGGGGGGACCAUGCCCUGCUAGAGCUGGGCUGCUCCAGGGGGUACCAACACCAGACACUCCUCUGAGUCCAUGUGUUGAUGUCUGUGCUGCUGCUGUAGCGACAACAGAUCUGACUUGUAGUUGUCUCUCAUGCUCAAGGGUUUGGAUGCCAAUGCUCUGAAAAGCACUUUAAUUUUAGGGACUAGUCCUGUCCCCACCCCCCCCGAGUGUAGCAAAUCCACCUGACUUGAAAUAGUGACAAUUAGGGAGUCUGGUUGUGUUUUGGGUUUGGUUUUUUUUUUUUAAGAUGUUACUCUUUUUUGUUUCUGUUGUACAGUGUGAUGUACCAAGUGCUGAAAUAAUCUCUUGCUGUCGUGACUGGGUUCCAGAAAGCUCCUUGCACAGCAACUUAAAGCUGAUCUGUGCUGGUCCAGCAGCUUCCAGUUAAUGUAGUGUUAAACACAAGUGAAAUGCACUCUUUGUGCUAAAACUCCUUCCCAGCUGAGGUGGGGAUUAACCUUUGCUUUCCUCAGAAAGGCCAAGUGUGUGUUUGUGAUUUGACACGAGGCACAGACACGGGGAUGGAGCUGAACUCAGCUGGGUUUGGUGGCUGCACAGGGGAAGAGCCACACACUGAGUCUGUCACCAACACUCCUGCUCUGAGCUCUGGGUGGGGCACUGCUGGUUUGCACUGACACCUAAUUAGGAGUUAAUUACAGUGGGUAGAUUAAAAUAUGGGUCCAGCAGCUGAAUGGGUUGUCUCUGAUCCUCUCUGAACAUGUCCAGUCCUCGAGGCAGCUCCUGGGCCGGAUGAUGCAGUGACUGUUAGGUCAUGUCAGGAGAUAAGAUGCUGAGGGUUAAUUUUUAACUUCUCCAGUCUGUUUUGUAUUCUCAAAGACAAUCAGUUGCCUGGCUUAGCCAGUUCUUAUGCAGUUUCAGCCCUUGUUUGCUGUUUUCCUGUGUGGCAUCCUGCGUGUCUGGCAGAGCAUCUGCUGCCUCUGAGAGCAGGGUGCAUCUUUUAGAAUACAGAUCUUUAAUUUUGUGAUCUUGUGUUAAGUGUUUUUUAGUAGGAGGAAAACAUGCCUUGGUAUAACAACACCUGCUCCUGUGCUUUUAUGCUAUUUUAUAGCCAAACUUUUUUAGUCUAGACAGAUUCUUCUUUUUUUUUUUCUAUUUCAGAGGAUAAAAUGAUUUGUGAACAAACCAGGCUGCUGAUGUUUGUGUGUGGAAAUCAUUUGAGUCGUUCAGAAAUUCAGAUUUUUCGGGUUCAUUUUGGUGUGGUUCAGUCAUUCAUGACGUGCUUGUUGAACUUUCCAAAGUGUUCUCACUUGGCUGACAGCAGAGAGAAAAGGAAUGGUCAGGGAUUCACAAGGAUGGAGCAGUUUCCAGCUCUUGGGUUGUCCUGGAUUGUGAUCCCUCCCACCACCAGCUUCACGUUGCAAAGUGGGAUCCUGCAGGCAGGUCCUUGUUCCAGAGGCAGGAAUAGUAGAGAUUAAAAAGGCAGGAAAAUGGGGUUUGUUCACCUUGCCUCCACAGGUGUGAUAUUUAUGUAUCUCUUCAGGUAUUAAAAUCACUCAAAGACCAACUUCUCUGUCUCACUGUUCUGUGGUACCGAAACAAAGGGGAAAAACCCAACAAAAACCUGUAUUACCCAUCAGGCUUGUGGAUUUUUAAAAUUCCAGAAGCCCUGUCUGGAUUCUCUGUGCUGUUUAUAUUUUGUGAGCUGUUUGAUUUCUGCCCCACUGUAGAAGGUGCUGUGAGUAGGAAUAAGUGGAAAACCCCCAGAAACAGUUUUCUAAGGCAAAGCAAGUGUGAUGUUGUCGAUGUGUAAACGUGUAAAAUGUGGAACAUUCCAGCAUUGUGUAAAGACACUUAAAAUAAAACAAUGCAGUGCCAUU